CAUCUCUCGGAAGAAAUCUCAAACUCGAAUAAUCAAAUGAAGACAGUGGAUCCUUGUCCAGAGAGACAGACAAAAAAUAUAGAAUUUCAUGGAGAAAUGUUCGCAUUCUACCGCGAUAUCCGUGAGAUCCAAAUUCCAGGCACAGACCCGUUUAAAGUGCUUUGUUGUACAUACGGGAAUUAUGGAUCUAAAUGGAUGAAAGUUUUUUAUAGACGUGGUUCUUCAAAAUUAUUCAAUCGCACGUAUGAGGAUUAUGAACGUGGAUUUGGAAAUGUCGGAAUUAAUGGUACGGAUGAGUUCUUCAUUGGCCUCAAACAACUGCACCUACUGAUGAAUGAAAACCCUCAUGAACUUAUGGUAACCACGAUGGAAAAUGUAUUUCAAAGGAGAACAUGCAACCAUUUUGUUGUGGGCAGUCAAAACGAAGGAUAUAUGCUGAAAAGUAUUGGCAAAUGUACUGGAAACGCCAAUAUGUUGUUCCCUAGGCAGGGCUCCACAUUUUCCACCUUUGAUCGAGACGAGGAUGGAUUUCCUGAUCGUAAUUUGGCCGAGGAAGUGGGCUUUGGCUGGUGGUUCGAUCCCAGCAUGAGUAACAUCAGGGACUACGUCGGUUUGUACAUUCAUAUGUACAUUCGAAAAAUAGAUUGAAGAAAACAAACCUUCUUUCUAAAAGCGAACUCCUUUUUAAACAGAAAAGGGAAUAUUUUUAGAAAAUAUAUAGAUU